AUGGAGACCGAGUCCCGGGCGCAAACAACAAAUCAGACGCAAACAGAUUCUUUAUCUCCAUCCCCUAAUCCUGUGUCACCUGUGCCUUUGAAUAACCCAACGAGUGGCCCAAGAUAUGGAACUGUGAUCCCUAACCGCAUAUUUGUAGGAGGAAUUGACUUUAAGACAAAUGAAAAUGAUUUAAGAAAAUUUUUCUCUCAGUAUGGAUCUGUAAAAGAAGUGAAGAUUGUUAAUGACAGAGCUGGAGUGUCCAAAGGGUAUGGUUUCAUCACUUUUGAAACUCAAGAAGAUGCACAAAAAAUCUUACAAGAGGCUGAAAAACUUAAUUACAAGGAUAAGAAACUCAACAUUGGUCCAGCAAUAAGAAAACAACAAGUAGGGAUUCCUCGUUCUAGUAUAAUGCCAGCUGCUGGAACAAUGUAUCUAACCACUUCGACUGGAUACCCUUACACUUACCAUAAUGGUGUUGCUUAUUUUCAUACUCCAGAAGUAACUUCUGUCCCACCAUCUUGGCCUUCACGUUCCAUAUCCAGUUCUCCUGUAAUGGUGGCUCAGCCAGUUUAUCAACAGCCUGCAUAUCACUACCAGGCCCCAGCACAGUGUAUACCAGGGCAAUGGCAGUGGGGGGUUCCCCAGUCCCCUGCUUCUUCUGCUCCAUUCCUAUAUCUGCAACCUUCUGAGGUUAUUUAUCAACCAGUAGAGAUUGCACAAGACGGAGGCUGUGUCCCUCCUCCACUGUCUCUGAUGGAAGCUUCAGUUCCAGAGCCUUAUUCUGACCAUGGAGUUCAAGCAGCAUAUCACCAGGUUUAUGCUUCAAGUGCCAUUGCUAUGCCUGCACCUAUGAUGCAGCCUGAGCCAAUUAAAGAACCAAGGUUACAUUCUGUGAGAAGAAGCUUUUCUCAGCCUUCAUCUGUGGGUUUGAAACCUCGAUAUUCUCGAAGCCCACACUUUCAUCCUAGAAAAGAUUUCAGAGCAGAGGAUUCAGUUUCCACUCCACCUUCCUGUACUGACUUUGUUAAGUAG